AUGGCUGGAGUCGUGUCCAAUGCGACACAGCUUUCAAAACUGAUAUGUACCAACUCUGCCAGACGACCUCAACAAGAAAACGGUUCUUGACACAAGCGUGGAAUUGGCUUAAAAGCGUCAUUUCGGAUAAGGUGAAACGCUACGAGGCUGGCGCAGAAAUCUACUACAAUUCUGUUUAUUACUUCAGGCAUGCGCACUACGAACAAGUCUCCCCCGCUUGGUGCAACAAUCUGUGUACACAAAGUCCUGGUGAUCCAAAUGAGGCGAUCACCUGAAAGGCCAACAUUGUGAAAAGAUUAUGUCUCAAGCUAUAAAGCUAACUAGCUUGAAUGGCAUGAUAUGGUAGUAAACUGUACUUUUUUAGAAAGCAAUAAAAAAUUGUAAAAUGUGCAUUCUCUCGGUUGUAUUUUUAACCUCAAACAUGUCGUUUCUUUCAAUUGUUCUAUAUUUCCUUGAGGGGGGGGGGGGGGGGGUAAAGGAUGGUUUUCAACAAAAAAAAACAACCAACUAAAAAAAAAACAGGUCAAUCUUUUCACUUUAGUUGCCACACCAGCCAGCACAAGAGGUUAAGAAAAACAGUUUGGCUUGGAUUGAUCUCAGUUUUAUAUUGGUCUUUCACUAAAAACGAACAGCGACGAGUUCUGAUUCCUAAGAAAUUAAACUGGCGCUAAAAAACAUGUUAGUCGAUUUACUGUCGUGCAAUAUGUUAUAAUAUUGUCCAAAUUUACCGAUAAAUUUCCUGUUAAUAAAGAAAAGCCUUUUUAUAUAAAAUCAUUUUCAAAUAGCGACAAAUGGUGUUUAUUUUUGAAAGAAGAAAAGCCUGCGAAUAAGUAAACUCAGCUCGGGGGCGUUUUUACUGCUUACCGCCCUGACGACGAAAUUGCACAUAUUAGUUUACCCAUGCGUGACAGCUAAUUACUCAAGAAUGAAAUGACGCAUGUUUUGAUAAAUAAUCUGCUAUUUGUGUACUUUUCCAAAAGUUUCAAGAAGUAAAACUUAGGUUGAAUUUCAGUCCGUCUGUCAGCUUCGCACGCAUUGAGUGGGAAAAGUUUUGUUCCCUUUUUACAAAGUGAGAUUUUAGUACACCUCAAGGGUCUCGCAAGACAGCGAAAAGGUACAGUAGUACUGUAUUGAGGAAAGGCUCUGUUAUCUACAUCGCCCAUAAAAAAAAUCAAAUUAUCUUAUAGAGAUAGGAUGUUUAAAAGCCAGGCAAAUGGUACGCUGUUAUUAAGUUUUUUUAGCAAACUGGUAAACAUUUUUUGAUAGCCGUCCACAAGUUGAGAUUUUGGAGGGUCUGUUCAUAUCAGGUUGUUUUAGCUUUUUAAGAGCUUGGCUUCCGUGUUUGCGGACUGAUAAGGAGACACUUGUUAAAAAGACUUUUUGUAUUUAUUUCUGAUAACAUUUUUAAGGUGGUGUUUAAUUUCAGAUUAAUAAACAGGAAUUUUUGGAAGAGACAAAGACAGAUGAUAGAUUUUGAGCUUGGUCGCCAAAUGAAAGGAUGUUAUUCAUUUAUCAAAGAGAAAAUCGUGAAUAUCGGAUUUCGCGCUUCGAUGCCCGACAGACAACUCGUUUUGACACUGUUUGGCCGUAGAAUCAAGUCUUUCUGUAAAAAAAGAGUUUUCCAGUGUUAUUUUUCAUUUUAAUUUUCCUAUUAAAAAGUGACCUGCUUAAAAGCUUCCAAACAGUGAAAAGAUAGUUUACCAUAUCUCAUUGCUUGCACUGUUUGCAGUAGAGAGCUCUUCCUCUUUCGUAAUUACCCAUGGUUUGUGAUAACGAUAAUUUAAUGAAAUUUACUCAAUAUACACAUUUUCUUUAAAUUCAUUUAGUAGACUUGACAUAAAAUUCUACUGGGAUUGGUUAUUCUCACCGUUUCAAUUUUAAAAUUUGCGUUUCAUCAUUUUUUAAGGAAUAUCAACUUUUACAUUAAAACUUUUUUUUUCAUUAGUUCAUGACAAAUGCGUCAGUCCUCAGUUCUAAGUGAGCAUUUAUUUAAAAGCUUUCUUUUCAAUAGGGAUGUGCAUCUUGAUAGAACGCAACGUCCUAUGUACCAUACUAAUUCACUGGCUACUUUAUCACUCUUUUUCAUAAAAGUGCGACAUUAAAGCGGAAUCUGGCAAAAAUCGCAUACUUCGAGGCUUAAUGGUCAACUCUUCAACUCCCAUGAGUGACCAAGACAGAAUCUCUCCUUACAAUAUCAAUACUACACCAAGCAGGAAACUGACGAGAAUUAAGAGAACUGACUAUUACGAAAUCAUUAGCCAAUCCAAUACCAAAUUCUCCAAACCCAAAUCAUAAAAGUUGUAUGACAGACAGUAAGGAGAAUUACUGUUGAGAUCCUGGGUGUAGAGGGGUUAAAGGACAAAACUGUGGAUCAAUCAAAGGCGAUUUUUCUACGAUGAGAAAAACGCAUUGUGCGUCAAACGAAAUAGUUAUCAGUUUUGGGCUAGAGACGUUUGAAGGGGUCAACAUUUCAUCGUCUUUACUGUGGAGGGAGUUGGAGAAAACUGCUAGAGACAAAUCAAGAUGAUUUACUUUUAGAUUUUAUGGAGGUUCAAAGUGUUGAUUAGAAGAAAAUAGAGUUAAAGUUCCUUAGUUUUAGCUCAACACUUGUUCAGUUUAUCUUUUGUUAGAAUGACUGAAGGAUUUUUCAAGAAUGUUAUCAGAAUGUUGGGAAGGGAUGGGAGAGUGGGGAAAGAUAAAUAACAUAUUGAAAUGUGGUUUCAGCGAGUAUGACCGAGCUAGGAAAACUAGAAUAAACGUUUUCCGUUUAAUUGCGAGUUAUGGCUUAUUUAGUUUUUAAUAACACUGAACUCGUUCCAGUAAAAUUGGAUUCGCAGUCUAAAAAGGUGGCAAAAGUGAAAUAGUAAGUAAACAAUUAAACCUUUUACAAUUUUGAGUGAAAACCGAUUUUAAUAGACAAUUGACAUCCGAAAUUUGUACUUUUACAAACAUUUUACACAAAUAAAAAAGUUAAGAGCCGAGGUUAACACAGUAUAAUCUUAAGGUACUACAGUACACCCGUCUAAAUUCACACGCCAAACUUAGAUCCAUUAGCCAUUCGCGAAAGAUAAGGGGCUACUUAGGAAAUAAAAAGACCCUCUUCGUCAUUUAUCUACAACUCUUCUGAGGUUUAACUUUACCAGGAUCAGAAAUUCUGAAAACGUGGGAGAAAAACCUUGGUAGGUAAAUGAAUGCUAAUCCUCAAGUAUCUUUUUUUAUAUGCGGCAAUAUUCUUCUUGUUUAAGCUAAAUAUACGAUUUUUUUAAUUUUUUCCCACCAAAAAUUUUCCAUAUCUUUUGUAUUCUGUGUCCAAAUUGCCGAUCACAUGUGUCAGUCUCCAGCACUAGUCUUGUUAGAAAAGAAGAAACAAUUCGGAGAAAGAAAGGUAAAGUUUCGUGCGAUUUAGUGUUAUCCUUUUUUCAUGGACUUGCAAAAAAUUUUCGCCAUGAUAAUAUAAUCGUCACGCUUUGGAAAUUUUGCCUAUUUUCAUUCACAUAAUCUUCCUUCAAAAAGAGAGCACAUUCACGUAAUAAUUUUAAUAAUAAUAAAAAUAAUAACUUUAUUUAUAUAGCGUCUAUAUCACUAAUAGCUCUAGGCGCUUAACAAUAUCACAAAAUGUAUUAAAAAACACUAAAAAAAAUCUAACAACUACAUAUAUAAGCAUGGAAAUUAAAUAGAGAUAUAUUUACAAAUCAAAAAAGGCUUGGCGAAUUAAAUAUGUCUUUAAGUGUUUUUUGAAAGAAUUCAAUGAAUCGGCAUUUCUUAAAGAAGCGGGUAUGCUGUUCCAUAAUUUAGGUCCUGCAAUAGAAAAUCUUCGAUCAUCAUUAGACUUAAGCUUAGAUCUCGGGACUUGAAGUAACUUAUUCGAACAAGAACGCAAAGAGUAGGAACUGGUACAAAAGCUGAGCAAAUUGGAUAUAUAACUUGGUGAAAGUCCAUUGAUAGUCUUAUAUACUAACAAUAAGAUUUUAUAAGUAAUACGGUAUUCAACAGGCAACCAAUGUAAAUCUAUUAAGAUGGGAGUUAUAUGUUCAUACUUCUUUGUGAAUGUUACAAUGCGCGCUGCCCUAUUCUGAACUAGCUGUAGGCGGUUUAAGAGAGCUUUAGGUAAUCCAUGUAGAAUCGCAUUACAAUAGUCCAAGUUAGUGGUCACAAAAGCAUGAAUAAUUGCUUCAGCAGAUUCACGAUCCAAAUAUGUUCUGAUCUUACUAAUAUUAGUUAGAUGGAAAUGACAUGUUUUGCAGAUCUUUUUAAUGUGGUCUUCCAUAUCAGCACUGGGAUCGAGUAUCACUCCAAGAUUGCGAACAGAAGAGGAUGGUUGAAUAGUUUCACCCCCAACACGAACGAAUUCCAAUGAGGGACUGGGUCGAUAACGUGAAUUGAGUAGAAGCAGCUCGGUUUUUUUCUCAUUUAGCUUAAGACCAUUAAGAAUCAUCCAAUUGUUGAUUUCCUGAACACAUAUUCCAAUUCUACAUUUUACUGAGAAGAGAAGAUCAUCACUUCCUAAUUUAAAUGACACAUAAAGCUGAGUGUCAUCAGCAUAGAGAUGGUACAUAAGAUUGUGUCUCUUUAUGAUAUCAGCCACUGGUGAAGUGUACAGAACAUAUAACAGAGACCCAAGGACAAACCCCUGCGGUACACCACAAUUAAGUUCACGUAACGAAGAUCUUGAGCAUUCAAUUUGAACAAAUUGUGUACGAGAUGAUAGGCAGGAUGCAAACCAUUUCAGUACAGACCCUGUUAUACCAUAACAUUGAGACAGCCUAUCCAGUAGUAUUUCAUGAGACAGUGUCAAAUGCAGCAGAUAAAUCUAACAUGAGUAGUACAACGGCUUCGUUUCUGUCAGUUGCAUGCAGAAUAUCAUCUUGCACCUUCACCAUGACAGUUUCAGUAGAAUGAUGAACUUUAUAGGCUGACUAAAAGUUUUCAAGUAGGUUAUUGUUCAUCAGAUAGUUGGUUAACUGGAGAGCAACACUUUUCUCGAUAAUCUUUGAUUGCGCUUUCAAAUUGGAGAUAGGUCUAAAGUUCUUGAAUUGUGAAAAGUCUGCGUUAGGUUUCUUGAGCAGGGGUAACAAUACUGCAGAUUUCAAACACGUAGGCCUGCAGCCAUCACGAAGAGAGAGGUUGAUGAUGUUAACAAUAGUAGGCAGCAAUGGAUCUAUACAUUGUUUGGUAAUAGAUGGUAAUGGAUCCAAGACACAGGACUUCGAGAACAGUGUUGCAGUUAGUUCCCUGAUGUCAAGCUUCAUCUCAGUAAAAGUUGAAAAUUUAAGCGAAGACAUUGUGAGUACCUCAUCAGUGACACAAUCAGCAGAGUAAAUAAGAGCUUCCUUUUUAACAAGGAGAUCAUUAUGUAGUGUAUCAAUCUUAGUAGUGAAAAAGGUAGCAAAUUCAUCAGCAAGCACACGGUCGUUUUUGGAGGAUUGAUAGUAGUUAACCGUUGGCUUUUGAAGUAGCUUUUGAACAGUUUUGAACAAAACUUUUUGAUUACCAGAGUUUUCUUUAAUAAUAGACGAAUAGUACUCCAACUUAAGAGACUUAAUCAGAUUGAUCACAACGUUACAUUGGUGUACAUAACGUACGCGGUCAGCAGGGAGUCUUGAUGCUCGCCAUUUACGUUCAAGUUGUCUUCGUUUCCGCUUCUCAGCAGUGACUUCAACUGUGUACCAGGGCUCAGAUGGACGGACAGUGACAACUCGUUCUUUCACAGGAGCAUGCUUGUCCAGUAGUGAUCGUAAGACUUUAUCAUAAUUAUUCACAACUACAUGGAGAUCAUCUUGAUGUUGAAGAAGAACAGAACUUUCAAUAUCACUUCGGAAAGAAUUCAUAUCAAUAAGGCGUAGAUUUCGAGAAGAGACAACCCUCUUUACAAAUCUGGGCUUUUCUAGGUGUAGAGUUGAAUGAACAGCUAAGUGAUCAGAGAUGACAGGGUAAAAUUUCCGCACAGCCCCAUACCACAGUAUGCAUUCAGUUCUUGAAUAGAGAAAACAAUGACAAAAACAAUACAUUUCCAUUGGGAAAACAGAUUUGUUUUACAAUAGUAUGGGGCUAUGCGGAAACUUUACCUCCGUUAGCAUGUAUUUUCUCUCUGACAUGCUGCACGAGAUCAAAGGAGUCCAGCAAGUCCAGAAAUUGUCUAGCGGUAGCAUCAUUGGAAUUGUCGACAUGGAUAUUAAAGUCACCAACAAUUAACAAUCGCUUAUGUCGUAGAUCGGCAGUAAUAUGUUCCAAAAGCUUAGAAAAUUCCUCUAACAACAACGAUGUUGACAAGCCAGGAGGUCGAUAGACGAGCAGAAUUUUUACAUAGCGCACCAUGCGUAGGUGAAAAUCCAUUAAUUCAAGAGUGAUAGUAUCAGUAUAUGUAUCACUCUAUGUAUCAAAGUCUUUCACUGCCAUGGCUUUCUUUCUAAUUGAUCUAGUGUUAAGUAAACAAAAAUGUAGAUUCUUUGAAGUAGAACACAGAGGCGGUGAUAAACAUGGUUUUUAUGGUACAGUGAUCAGGUUAGCAGAAUUAGCAUAUUUAAAACGAUAUGGAUGGUUAAACUGCAUGUGAUGUGGUGUUAAUUUGAAUCAAAUUAGCAUGAUUAACAUGGCGACUACGCGAAUAAGCAAUUGAUUCUCGUUGACCGUCAAGAUUUCCUAACGACCGAAUAGAUUGGAAACCAGAUCCAGAGCGUCGAUAACCUCCCCUAUUACCACGUUUUCUCAGGAUACAAGACGAUUAAACACAAUGGGUGCAAUAUACGAGCUUACUAGCUUCCUUAGUGAUCGUAGUUCCAUCCGGCCGUAAACAACAAUCUUCUAAAAACAAAUACGUUCAAGUUAAAGCAGAAUUAUUUUGAGUUGCGUAACGAAAACUUAUGCACGACAUCCAUCCUCAUCUGUGGGUUUUCAAAGUUUCCAUCAAGAAAAUUAGGAAUGAGUUGUCGGAGCGCAUUUUAACUGAGUGACGUAAAACCAGAGGCAAAAUAGCGGCAAUAGCCAAUCAUGACAGCAGCAAAUUUGCUAAAGAACCGAUGAUCACUCAAAAAAAAUCAAGCAAAUCUUUCUAAAGCGCGGAAAUCACGAGUGAUCACGUCGCGUUCUGCAUCCAAUUGGUUAAGAUGACGCGAGUUUUUUAAACUAAUCACAGAACUUAAUCAAGGAAAAACCAGUGGAAUCCCGGAUUACCUUAUGCCCUUAAAUGUGAAUUAGUCUAUCAUCUCUUCACAGGAUUAUCAUGGGUAACUUGUCUGUUCCCACAUUCAUAUGGUUGCUGCUGUUGUCGAUGAGUUGGGAAGUGAACUCAAGGUCAGAUUGUAAAAUCAAUUCCAAUGGAUGCAGUGUCCCGCUUGGCUUACCGGCUCCCUACAAAAAAACCUUCACUCCGGCUUGCAACAAACACGAUGUUUGCUAUUACUGCGUAAGUCUUCACGCCACGCUACGCUCUCUCUUUUUUACAAUUAUAUAGUCAGUUUAUAAUAUUACAACCAAUAUUUGUGGGUUACGAAUCAUAAAAACAAGGUUCCAAACUGAACGUACCUGCCCCCAGUCUUCCCCUGCCCAUUUUAAGAUGUUGGAGCAUUACCUAAGAAUUUUACUACUAAUAAAACUACAACUGAUAUUAACCUUCGUUCUGCUAAAUUUCGAGAAUUCUGCUCGAAUUGUUGUAAUGGUAUAUGUGUGUGGUCAACCUUUCCAGGGAGAGCUCUACGGAUGGGAUCAGAGGCAAUGUGACAAGGCCUUUAAAAGCGACAUGUACACACUGUGCGAAAAAAAUGGAAAACGCUGGUUCAGUCUCGGGGAUCUGCUGAACAAAAAGAAAAGAUGCAAGAAACUGGGUGCGGAUGCUUACUACACGGCUGUUAGAUCCUUUGGUCACCUGUAUUGGGAGAAAAAUCCGCCUUCGUGGUGUCAGGCAGCAUGCGCCAAAAAUCUCGGAGAUCCUAAUAGGGCGCUGAAUAUGUGAGAAUGUCCAAUUGAAUGAGAAACGACAGAUGUGUUGAUGUAUGAUAGAGAAUAGCAAAGAAAAUACAUUCAAAGUGUGGGAAAUAAAGAAUAAAACUAUGGGUGAAUGAAAUUUGAUCUUUUAAACAGAAAAGACCCUGCACCCUACACAGUUCAGCUAUAACCCCAAAGACUGGGUGGCUGUUCCGUCCACUUAAUUCUUCGUCAAUUGAUCCCUUGUAUUAGAAAUAGGUCGAUCAUAAAACAACAUUUACUAGGUCGGUAUUCUGUUUCGGACUUGUUGCCUAAUGGUCCUGCGUUCUCUAGGGAUCAUUCUUUAGUCUGCCGCCUCGCGCAAACAAAAUAGCGAUUUUCGACUGGAAACGAUUCAUGAGGACGAUUCAAAUGUGGAGGCAGUGUGGCCGAGUGGUGAGAGCUUGUAAUCUGAUGUUCCCGGGUUCCAGCCCUCCACUGACCUUUCUACUUACUGGAUUUGUUCUCGGUUCCCUCAAAGUCACAGUUCAACUCCUGUUCUGCACUUUGUAUGUAUCCAACUGAUCUGCCUCCUGUCAGUUAGGAUUUUUAAAUAUGUUUAUCUUAUCUCAUGAUGUGGUUGUUUCCAAUUUAGCCCAGAAAAGCGUCAUUGGUGGAGAGGUCAGUUCAGUAUACACACAUACAUACGUGCACAAGUACGUACGUAAGCACAUACAUACAUACAUACAUACAUACAUACAUACAUACAUACAUACAUAUAUAUAUAUAUAUAUAUAUAUAUAUAUAUAUACACACAUAUAUAUAUACACACAUAUAUAUAUAUACACACACAUAUAUAUAUACACACAUAUAUAUAUAUAUACACACAUACAUUCACGCAUACAUGUACUCAGCCGUAAAAAACUAAACUCGAUCCAAGAUGCUGCAUAUAUAAAAUAUCUAAAUAUCCAAUAAUUUCCUCAUGUAACAAUGUACGAUUGCACCUUUAAGAAGAAGUAUGCCCCAGGAAGUGUGAUAUAAUUCUUCUUUUGAGAUUUUAAAGAAUAUUCAACCUCUCCAAAGUUGGUCUUCAAAUGUGCUGAAAAUUUGAUGACUGUCGCCGCCAUUUUCAUAGGCCAGGGUUGUUCAAGCACGCGUGUAUAUAAAAUAAAGUGAACACUCGCAUACUAAACCAGGUGGAUUACGAGUAUCCUGGGGCUGAACUAUGAUGAAUGUAUAACACCAUAGAAAUAAUAACCAGCUUAGGCUGCCAAAGUUGCACAGUUUGCUAUUUCAAAAAUUAAGCUUUAAAAAUUGGAAAACAGUGUCACAUAUCAAAGUGUGAGUGCUAGAUCAUUAAAUAAACCACCACUUUUAGACUGUGCCAAGCCGUCUGACAAGAAGCGUAGAAUUCCUUACUGGCGACAACCAAGCGACUUAUAUUCAAUGCACAAGCUCGGAGAAUUUAUCCAAUAAAAAUAAAAAUUUUGGAAUCGCUUGACAUUUCUAGGCAAACACCUGAUAUUCUUAGGAAGUUUGGAGCAAACCCUUUUAGUGGAAAUUGUGUGAAAAUUUCUGCCUGCAGGGCAUUUAGUCUAUUGAAACUAGUUUGAAGCAAAAUUAUCAAAUUGGCAACGUGACCGUUGAACCAUCAUCCUCUGCACGUAAUCUUGGCGUCAUUUGACGAUUGUUUUAACCUUGAGGAACACAUAAAAUCAAUUUGCAAGUCCUCCCAUUGUUGCUCAUGCCUUUAUUACUUCGAAAUUAGAUAACUGUAACUCACUGCUAUAUGGUCUACCUCAGCAGUUACUUUCAUGAUUACAAUCCGUUCAAAAGACAGCAGCUCGAUCGAAUUGUUACACCUACUAGAAAAUUUGAUCGUAUGACCUCUAUCCUAAAAAAGCACCACUAGCAUCCUAUCCGUUACCAUAUAGUUAAGAAAAUUCUUUUAGUGCUCUACAACGCUCUUAAUAGAGCAGUGCCUUUCUACAUCGGUGACUUACUGAAUUAUCGCACCUCUAGACGGACACUGAGGUCGUCUUCUCAACAUAUUCUGACAACUCCGAAAGCGAGACUUAAGACUCAUAGAGAGAGAACGUUUGCUGUGGCGGCGCCAAGACUAUGGAGCUCAAUCCCACUCGGACAAAGACCUAGUUCUUCAAUUAACAGUUUUAAAAGACUUUUAAAAACGUAUCUUUUUAAACAUGCGCAUUGAGCUGUAUAGCUGUAAACGUCAACUUCAGCAUAAUGUUUGUAAACAGCGAUGAGUUCCAAACAGAAACUUGAAUUAUUUGCAUCAGGGUUACCGCUCUCAGACCACGCAAGUCUUGCUGAUAUAAUGUUGUUGUUUUGUAGAAGACUGCCAAGAAAUGUCCGAAGUUUAAAACGCCCGUUCUCAGCUAUUGUGCUGCACAUACGAUCUUUUGUUUUGCCACAUCCUCAUUGCCGUUGCCUUCGAAGUUGACCUAGGGUUCUUGAUAUAUGAGAGAGGUUAAGCAUGACGUUUACUGUACUGCAGAGCUACACUGCCAUACUUUGAAACUAGAAGCGUAUUAAAGGAAAUUAGACGUAGCACUAGCUUCACCUUGCAAAGUCUUUUCUCUUCCGUGAAGCGUUUGCGGAGCAGUCGCAAGAGUGAGAGACAUCCUGAAAGAUUUCACAUGUAACACAUCUUUGUUUCUAGCGUGAUUAAGGAAGUAAAUGUCACACUUGGUGGCCCAUGUUUUUCCCUUUCGUACUCGUCUUUAUCGUUUUUACACCAUGUAAUUCCAUAAACGUUGAAUUUCAAAAUUGCUCUACUGAUUAUUUUCCUUACUCUCCCUUGAUCUUCAUUUGUCGCUAGGUCCUAAUUUUCAGUAGGAUCAGGGAAAUAUCACAUCACAAGCAGCGCAGAUGCAUGAAAUCACAGCCUCCCCGUACUAUGGAGCAUUAUUGUAUAUUAUUGUUCGGCUAGUUAUCACACUGUAUAAUUAUUCAGAUUUCUUCGAGAGGUUUAAAUCUUCUUUCAAACCAGGGGCGUAGCGUGAGAUUUUGAAGGUGUACGAACGAGAAGUAAAUAUCGAGCGACGAAGGUGGCUACUCAUCCAAAAAAAGUUUAAAAUUAGGGUCACCUGCGUUUUCCGCGGGGCAUUUUCAGAAAAUAAAUAUGAAGGAAACUGCAUUAGUAAGUGUGUGUCAUUUAUCUUCCCCAUCUCUAGUAUUAUGCGCUAGGUACAGCGGUAUCCAAUAAAACCUCGGCGAGCUGCGGAAAACUGUACAUAUUUUCUUAGGGAAAAAAUAGCGCAUUUACACUAUGGAAACCUAUUUACAGUCAUUUAUCGCCCGUUAAGCGCUUACGGAGCAAGCAAGAGAGAGGAAAAAAUUCAAUCACGUACAUGCUAUGUCAAGUGUAACAAAUGAUGCUUGCUUCGAGCGUUACUUACAAAGGAAGUAAACAGAACAGAUCAGACUAAGACAGAAAGGAAGCGGGAGGAAGGUGGGUUCUAAAACUUGACAGAAAAAACAGUCAAAUGUAAAGGUCCGAUUUUACUGACGCAAUGUUUUUUUUUUCGCGUAACUUCCCUAAAUCAGUACAACAAAACGCUAACCAACUGCCGUACGAUUAAACGCUCAAAAAAGGGAAAUCGUCACGCAAUAUUCUCUGCAUUAAACUUUACACAGAGUAAGUUUGUUGGUUGUGAAAGGCGAGGGAGCAAAAUAUCUGUGGAAAGAAUGUCACGUGCGCGUUAUAGGGUGAGCGCGUCAAAUGAUGUUUGUGUAAGGUGAGAUUCAGGAGGUGACUUCGGGAACGCUUAAUUGAGUAGAUGGUACAUGAUCUUCGAUGUAAUGAUUGCCACUUCUGAUUUCUUGGACCAUAGUUAAUUUUUAUCGUUGCAUAACGAUUAAAAAAAACCUUCUCUAAUAUCUUCUAAUUACCAUUUACAACGCGUUCUUUAGUUCUCGCUGAAUCCGGAACACGCCAAGCCUACUAAAGCACUAGCAGAGUGAAAAACAUUACGGCCCUCACUUACUCAACAAAAAUGCUCGGGCAUAGACGGAAAUCCUCUCGAGCUGAUGCAGCUCUGAGGAUCAUGCGUAGAAGCUUUAAGCGAGCAAGGAAAUGGACAACUUGAUGCCCUGAGCUUCCUCGAUCGUUGUAAAGCUACAAUAUAAAUUAUCUGUGAAAACUCCGGACUUAACAGAAUAUAUUAGAACUCACAGAGGAUUCGCACCACACCACUUGCUGCUAUUUAAGUGGACAACAGAUCUUUGAAGAAGGGUAAGUAAAGAAAUCAGUUUAAAAAUGAUAUGUGAACAUUUUGCUUUUAGCUGGCCAUAGCGUUGAAUACAUAUCAUAUCACUUUUCUUUAAAAGCUCGACUCGAUCUCUAUACGUAUAAAUAAGCAACUGGUAUAUUGGACAGUUGAACUACCGCUGUUGUCUUUAGUCAGUUUUUCUCGAGAUCGUCACGGUUUCAGAGGAGAACAUUUAAUCGUAAAAUGGAUUUGAGAUUUCAGAGUCUUUGGGUUACAGAUAGAUGGUUUCUCUUUUUUGGGGGAGGGGGGUAGGAGAAUCAUUUACCUUCUGAAAUAGUUUGAAACAUUGUCAGGUUAGGGGUUGCAAUACGUUUCGCAUUACAAGAGAAGAGAAAGUGAGACGUGCUGUUUGUGAAUUACUCGUUCUAGGUGCUAACUGGUUCAUUUGUUUCACAGAAUUUCGACAUGACAACGACAAACCUCAUUGUCUUAGGCUUGCUGUUAUUCUCGUCCUUGAAUCUAGAGGUGAAAGGGUAUUGUGUAACGAAUGGCUGCAGCAUCCCUAGAAACCUGCCGUUUCCUUACAAAAGACAUUUCAACAAAGCUUGCAACAAACAUGAUAUCUGUUACGCUUGUGUAAGUCUAUCCUCCGGCUUAGCUUCAAAACAUUUCGAUAAAAUAGCACAAAAAUCCAAGGCAGUGUAGAAUUACUGCUGAUUUAGUUUCAAACCAAAAUUCAAAACUUACUUCAUGGAGCGUGAAACCUAGAUAUUUCCUUACACGGAAGGUUUUGGAGAGCUGGUCUGUAAUUGACCCAAGAUAUUUGAAAGGUGAUGUUGCUUUUGAAAACACACCAAAAAGGUACCAUCAUUUGUCUUAACGAUAAGUAAUUUCAUGACAUUUCAGAUGUACUGUUUUAUAAUUAUCUGAUGAGCAACAUGGAACUUAUUUAUCAAAUAGAUAGCGAGUAGCUACUGGUAGUACUAGUGAUCAUGAUAGAUCGCCAUGCAAAGAUAUAUUCUAGCUGUCAAUAGCCUCGCAAGUGUAGGCUUCACUAUUUGACAAAACAUUCGCAUAACUGUAACUUUCAAUCUAAAGCACGUAACUUUCAAACAACAGUUUACAUUUCAAUUUUCUUUUCAAAGAAUGAAGACGGUAUCUCAUUGUCUGUGUGUUCUUCACAGGGUCAACACUAUGGCUGGACUCGGUUACAGUGUGACAACGCUUUCUUUUGGGAUAUGUCCAAGCUAUGUCUAAAAAGGUUUUUCUUUCUCAAGCACUGCUUGAAGUAUGCAGGGAUAUACUAUGGAGCAGUCAGGGUCGGUGGCAAUAAACAUUACGACGUUCCAUCGAAGAGCUGGUGCAACAUGUGCCCCAGCUACAACGGAGAUCCUUCUCUUCGGGUGCCACUCUUCAGACGUCGUUAG